UUGAACAAGAGCAGUGUGAUGCAGGAGCAGCUCAUCUAACCCACAAGUUCUCUCCUACAUAUAUCAGCAGUGCAGGCAAGAUCUGCAGCAACACAACACAAAUUUCAUCUCCAAAGUCCAAGCCAAAUAUCUCGAAAAAUGGAUGGGGAGCUUGAACUGACCGAAUUCAACCCUCGGGAACGCGUCAAGCAGCAGAUUUCAGUCCCGUUUCUCUGGGAGGUGAAGCCCGGUGCACCGAAGAGGGACUGGGUCAUCUCCAAGCCAGUGCCAGUAGCCUUUGCAUGCCCAUCCCCGACCCCGACAAAGCUUGUUGUGAGCGUGCCAUUCCAGUGGGAAGAAAAGCCUGGGAAGCCUCUGCAGGAAGCAUCUCCCUUCCAUGUGCUCCCCCCGGAUCAUGGUGGCUUUUCAGCGUCUUCCCGCUCACUGAACCCAUUUGUGGUCGAGAGCGAGGAGGAAUACUCGCUUGGUUUUGAGCUGGAAGCAUUUGGUUUUCCAGACAGCAACGAUACCUCUGGCGCUGUAGCAUGGGCAGAUGGCUCCUCCUCCGGCCGUCGUGACGCCUGGUUCUCGUUUUCAGAGUCAGAAGACUACAGCCACUCCAGUGGUGAUACUUCAGCACAGGACCAGGAGUUUCAGUUUCAGUUUCCCAGAGCGCCUUCAGAGAAGAGCUGGGAGGUGGCCAAUGACGAGGACCAGCUGAACAAGAACAAUCCAUGGAGCCCUCCGAGGAGCGCGGCGACGACACUGGAGGAGCUUAUGGUGCUCAGCCGGAGACUGAGGUGCGGACAAGCUCUGCCGGUUGACGUCGGGAAGAAGAGCCUCUCCUCCGUGGAGCUCAUGAAGAAGCUCUUCAUCGUGUGUUCUUAGCUGCACAUGGCCAAACGGUACAGAAUGCAUGUGAGACCAUAAUGGAGGAAGCAUGGCAAAGUGGCGUGUUCGCAAGUAGAAAGCCUCGCUGUCGGGCGACUGGUGUUCUACCGUCUUCUCGUGAAAAUCUUUCUUUUUUGAAAUUAAACGGUGUGCAAGAGACACUGCAUUUUUCUUAGUACAAGAUUUGAAAGAAAUGUUCCAUUGUUAUGGAGGUAGUAGGUAUUGAAUGUGAAACUAGUGGUCUUUUGUCACACCAUCUCAAAGACCAUGUAUUAGAGUUCAUGCGAAACUAGUGAACUUUUGUUACACCAUGUAUUAGUGUUCAUGUGAAACUAGUGAACUUUUAUUACACCAUGUCAAAGACCAUGCAUAAAAGGUGGAGCUAAUCUCUCGAGAUGGAGAUACAUAAAAACAAUGGGACCGUUUGAUGAAAUAAAAAAGGAACUGUUUG